AGACACUACUGAUAUUCAAUUAUUAAAAUGGAAACAAUACCAUUAAUUAGUCAGGACGUAGUCCGAAAAAAUUUGAAAUAUUCGGAACUAAUACCAGCUGUUCGACAAGCUCUUGAGGAAUAUACAUUAAAUCGAGCUAGUCAACCAUUACGAGUUUCAGUACCAGUCGGCGAUACGAACGGCACUUUUCUAGCGAUGCCGAGCUACAGCACCUCUAGUGACACUCUCGUAACAAAGCUGGUGUCUAUGUAUCCUGAUAACGCUAAGAAAAAUCUUCCGACUCAUAUCUGUUAUAUCACUUUGUUUGACCCAGAUACUGGAGCCCUGGCUUGUUUGAUGGACGGAGAAUUGAUAACUGCAAUGCGAACUGCUGCUGCUUCUGUUGUAGCUACUCAGGCAAUUGUAUCUGAGACACCAAAGACUAUUGCCGUUCUUGGAUCCGGUGUGCAAGCUAGGAGUCAUAUUCUUGCCUUCAACGAAACAUAUAAACUCGAAAAAAUGAAGAUUUGGAGUCGUAACCAUGACAACGCACAAAAAUUAUGCGAAGAAUUGAAAGAUUUACCAUUGCAGAAUUGCAAAAGUGUUGAGGAGGCCGUCUGUGACAGUGACGUUGUUAUAACAGUAACUUCAGCCACAGAGACCGUUCUUUUCGAAAAAUGGUUGAAACCUGGAUGCCAUAUCAACUGCGUUGGAGCGUGUCGUCCUACCUGGCGCGAAUGCGACGAUGAAUGUAUGCAAAAUUCUACAGUGUAUGUUGACAGCCGUGAAUCCGCAGAAAACGAGUCUGGAGACGUCAUUCUCUCAAAAUGUGACGUCUACGCAGAAAUUGGGGAAAUUUUGUUGAAACAAAAACCUGUUCAACAAGGGAAAUUUACUUUCUUCAAAUCUCUAGGAAUUGGACUACAGGAUGCGGCUGCAGCUAAAUUAGUUUGGGAUAAUUGCAAACAUGAAACUGAUAUACAAUAAUAAUUCUAAAACUUAUUGGCUUGGUUUACUCUAUAGUACAAUUCUGACUCUUUUACUUUCCACUAGAAGGAAUUAUUGGAAUGUGACUUGAAAAGAAUAAUCUCAAAUAAUAGGGCAAGCAUGGAGGCUGCCAUUUUCAAAUUUCUUGUUCCUUUAUUUAGGCCAAAUCAUACUUGUCAUAAAAAAUAACUUCUGAGACGAAAAUGUAAAAUUAUAAAAUUAAUUCAAACAGCAUUUCUCUUGUGAGUACACUGGCCCAAUGCAGCAUAUACAGGGUGUCCAUAAAGUUCCUUCGUAAUUUCA